GCAAGGCGAAAUUUGCAGUCCCGACUUUGGAGAAGACACGGAGUUUAGGGGGGAGAUGUGUACUCUGGAGAAGCGCGGCCGCGUCUACCUCCUCACGCUCACCGGCGCCGACGAGCACCGCCUCAACCCCACGCUCCUCGACGCCGUCCGCUCUGCCCUUGCGCGCGUCCGCUCCGAAGCGGCCUCUUCGGACGGCGGCGCCGCCCUCGUCAUCGCUGCCGAGGGCAAAUUUUUCUCCAACGGCUUCGACCUCGACUGGGCCCGGGCCUCCCCCUCCCUCCACCCUGGCCUCAUGACCGCCGCACUCCGCCGCACCCUCGCCGACCUCCUCUCCCUCCCGAUGCCCACCGUCGCCGCCGUCACCGGCCACGUCUCCGCGGCCGGGUGUUUCCUGGCGCUGAGCCACGACUACGUGGUCAUGAGGGCCGACCGGGGGUUCUUAUACAUGAGCGAGGUCGAUAUCGGGCUGCCGAUCGUGGAGAGCUUUAUGGCACUGAUGAGGGCUAAGAUCCCGGAUCCGAGGACGCGGCGGGACGUGCUGCUGUGGGGCAAGAAAAUGACGGCAGUAGAGGCGGAGGCGAGAGGGAUCGUCGAUCGGGCGGUGGUGGGGGCGAGGGAGGCGGUGGAGGCCGCUAUAGCCAUGGGCGAAGAGCUGGCGGCGAGGAAUUGGGAUGGCGAGGCCUACGCUUCCAUCAGGAAAGGGCUUUUCAAGGACGUCUGCAGAGGAUUAGGAUUGAAGGAGGCGUCGGACGAGGAGGAGGAAGCGGCGGCGUCGGCGGCAGCGGCGAAGCUACCAUCGUCGAAGCUGUGAUCCAUACUGGACGCCUCGGUCUUAACGAACGAUUAUUACUUGAACUUAAUUAUCAAUUAAAUCCAAAUUGUGAUCUUAAUGAACGAUUAGGGUUCAUUAUGAAGUUAUUUUGAUAAUAUUUUAAGCCUUUAAGACAAUAAAAUUUGGUUUGACA